AUGGAGAAGAUGCUCAUAGCAGCUCUACAGGCCUCUGCACUCUCCAGGCUCCGUCACCCAUCUAUACUCGAAAUGGUCGAGCCGCUUGAGGAGACGCGCAGCGAGUUGACCUUUGCGACCGAACCCAUUAUCUGCGCUCUCGAGUCUGCUAUCCCUGGAGCAGGCAGGCACGCAUCAUUGGUUGAAUUAGACGAGAUCGAGAUCCAGAAGGGUGUCCUGCAAAUAUGCAAGGGCCUGUCGUUCCUGCAUUCUUCCGCCAAGCUUAUACACUCCAACAUCAACCCUGAAAGCAUCGUGAUCAACAGUGCAGGAGACUGGAAAGUCUCGGGCCUAGGAUUGACGAUCCCUCUGCUCAAUAGCGACGGCCAGCCCACUCGCUGGGAGUUCCCUACGUUUGACAGUCGCGUGCCAGCUUACAUCCAGCGGUCGUUCGACUACAUGGCGCCCGAAUACGCUCUGGACGAGCAGCUGCUAACAGCAUCGGAUAUGUACUCGCUAGGAUGCCUGCUCUAUGCUGUACACUGCAAAGGCUCCCCGCCUUUCAAGACCCGGGGUAGUCUCAGUGGACUGCGCGAUAAUGCUGGCAAGCCCAUACCUAGCCUUGAGCGCCUUGAUCCUGAUCUACAAUCCCUUCUGCGGUUGCUAAUCACACGACAUGCUGCCGAACGACCGACACCCUCAUCCCUCCCCACUUUGCCCUUCUUCAACUCACUGCCGAUCUCGACGCUGAACUUCCUCGACCGGACGAAUUUCACGACGAAGACGAGGGAAGAGAAGAUCUCUUUCAUGAAAGGCCUGACCUCGGUCUUGGACCGCUUUAGCGAGGGCCUGCGCACGCGCAAAAUAUUACCGUCUUUGUUGGAAGAAAUGAAAGAUACCCACCUCCUACCUUAUAUCCUGCCCAACGUCUUCGCCAUCUCGAAUGCCCUGAGCCCGCAACAGUUCGCGAACCUCGUCCUACCGAGCCUGAAGCCAUUGUUCGCGGUCAAGGAGCCGCCGCAAAACAUGCUUACGCUCUUGGAUAACUUGAAGCUGUUGCAAGAGAAGACGGAGAAGAAGGUCUUCAGGACACAGGUCCUGCCGUUGGUGUACAAUGCGCUUGAGUCCGAGCAUACUGUAGUGCAAGAGCGAGCUCUUGCUGUGGUUCCCGAUCUCUGCGAGACGAUCGACUACGCGGAGAUUCAGGGUGUCAUGUUCCCUCGCGUCGCGCUCGUCUUCACGAAGACUCGGGUCUUGAGCGUCAAGGUCGCGACGCUCGCCACGUUCUUGGUGAUGGUGAAGACACUGGACCAAACGAGUUUGACGCAGAAGCUGGUGCCCUUACUAUCCAAGAUCAGGACGAAGGAGCCUGCAGUGAUGAUGGCAACGCUCUCGGUGCAAGAAGCCAUGGGCUCGAAGGUUGACCGAGAGGCUGUGGCUACCCUGGUGCUACCUCAACUGUGGGCAAUGUCCAUGGGGCCCUUGCUCAACGUCGAGCAGUUCCAGCGCUUCAUGGCGGUCAUCCGCAAGCUCGGCGAUCGCGUCGAGGCGGAGCAUAAUCAGUUCCUGCGUGACUCUCAGCGGAUAGAGGACAAGUCGGCGACGCAGACGACGAAUGGCUCUGCUAUUCCAUCCGCGGUCAACAUGGACUUUGAGAGCCUUGUUGGGCGGGCAAAUGGCACGUCGGUGGCUCCGCCCCUUGCGACGACGACUCCCAUGUCCUUUUCCACGCCACCGCUGCAGCCGACGAUGACGGGUGGCUCCGUCCAAUCGACGAGCUCGUAUACCAUGACACCGGCGAAACCCCAGGCGCCAUCGCAACCCAGCUACGGCGGGCCGAACUACAAUAUAUCGUUGCCGAGUGCACCGUUCGGCGCGUCGUCGUCGGGGAUGGCGCCAAUGCAGCCGAGUACCCCUGUAGCACCAUCAUUGCCCGCCUUUAACGCGUCGUCGCCACCGUUGUUUGCUCAGCCCAUGAGCGCGACGCCACCGCCAGGGCUGGGUAGCAUGCUCACGCCCUCACGACCUGCGCAGCCGACAUGGAACGCGCAAAAGCCACCAGGCAAGGACGCAUGGGGCGAUUUCGAUCCACUUGCAUAG